AUGCCUCGUAAUAACUUUAGCGACCAGCCUAGUAUAGGCCCUUUUACAGCAAGACAAGUUUACGAUAGUCUCCCUCUGCCUCCCGGUUCUCAGUGCAUACGAGUGCUUGAUGUUCACCCGAGUGAUCCAGCUGACGGUAGUCGGCUGACUGGCACAUUACGCAUAGUUGAUCUACGAACUCUACCAAAAUUCACUGCCCUUUCGUAUGUUUGGGGUCAAGGUUCUUUCCACAGAAUUGCUUGCAACGGUUGCGAUCUUAGAAUCACACAAUCCUGUUAUGAGGCAUUGACGUCUCUUCGAGAUUCCUGCCGAUCAUUGACAAUCUGGGUUGAUGCAAUCUGCAUCAACCAGGAGGAUAACAGCGAGAAGGAGCAACAGAUUGUGUUGAUGGGCAGCAUCUACACAUUGGCCAAAACCGUUUAUGUUUGGUUGGGUGUUGGCAGUACGAAAACCGAUCAGGCUGCCGAGUAUAUCUGCACCAUCUCACAGUUUCGCCGAUUCCCUGCUGGGGUACCUCGAAGUCCUCGCAGCAAUACUCCUCGUAAUGUUCUCAGACGCUUUAUUCGAAUUGGUAAAUACGUAUUGCCCCUUGCCUUUCGAACUUGGUGCAUAGAAUCACUUGUUGCCGACCGAGAUCGCAGAACCAAAUUGUUUUGGUUCGGCCCUGUUCUGCUAUAUCUAAAAUUUAUAUACGCGGAUCGACUUGGUGAGUCCAACAUCUGUGAAGCAUUUGAUGUAAAUAUGUGUCCAAUACUAUUUUUGAGACUGACUCUAGUAGAACAAGUUUCGAGCCUCCCAUUUACCAGCCAGGAUAGAAUGAACAGACUUUUGGACCAAACCUGGCUUUCUCGUGCCUGGACAUUUCAGGAAAUGGUGCUCGCAUCCAACCCAGUUCUUGUCUGUGGAAGUCAAAAGAUUCCCUGGCUGGUCAUGCAUCAAGCCUUGACAUUCAUCGAGCAUUCUGCGACGCGGGAAUUGGUUGAUCCAGUUAACAAUGCAAUCACCGAGAUUCAACAACGAGUACACAAGGAAGUAUCCCGCUCAGACUCGUUCAAAAAAUGGCAAGCUCUUUUCGAUGUCUGGCAGACCAUCCCCCGUCAUUCCAGCCAGAGUAGCUACUGGAACAGUACUGUACAUGGUAGCAGCUGUUCAGUCCAUGACUGCGUUCAGGCUCUAGGAACAGCCAAGAUUUUCAGGUUCAAACGCUUUAUUCGGUUGAGCCUGUGGAUAUACCAUGGAGUAAGCAUUUUCUUUAUCCUCUUCAUCGAGCUUUAUGUGCUUUCUAUUUGGUACUUGUUCUUCUUGGCCUUCUUGCCGAUCAUUAAUCUAUAUGUCUGUGAUUUGUUUGCGAAGUACACUUUCGAUUGCAUGCAAGGGUCUAAGGCUCGAAUGUACAGUCUGAUCUGCCAUCCUGGUCUCCAACCUCAGAAUUAUCUUGUUGCUAUUGCACAAGCUAUCAGAGACCGCGAUUCGAAAAGGCCGCACGACCGAGUAUAUGCGAUGGAUAGCGUUCUGCGGCAGCUCGGCGCACAGCUGCCUACCCCUGAUUAUCAGAAACCACUUGGCUAA